GCUCUAGAUGCGUUCGGUCCGCAGUGCCAGGAUGGCCCCCCAUCCUGGGCGGUCUUUAUACGCCCUGGCUGCCCUAGUGGCCGGGGCCGAGAGCUCGGGCGUCACAAGUCUACGUCGGCUUCAAGGCAACGAUGAUGAGUGCAAGGCCCGGGGAGCACGGAUCCUGCCCACACCCUCGCUGGUGGACUAUGACAGGUGUUUAGCAGGAAAGAUGUCUUCCAAUUCUACCCAUGAUUGGGGAAUUCCAGGCGCGGAGCACGCAGCCUGGGCAGAUUGCUGGUGCGAUCUGAAUAUGUCGCAGGCCAUUGAGGACCUCAGCUGCUGCCAGCACCGAAGUUUUCAGCAAUGGUGUGGCCUGGACUGCGAGCCGGAUUGCAGCAGUGCCCUGGCCGUGCAGUGCAUCGAGGAGUGCCCGGCCAUGUGCUUCGAGGCCCAGGAAUACAUCAUCCCAGGGAACCUUUGUACCCGUUGCAACCCCACGAAGUGCUUCCCGGUGAUGAAGUGUAUGCUGGGGCACGCAGAGAAUCUCACCAGAAGCGGCGAGCUGGAGCGGACCUGCCACGAGACGGACUUCUUCGACGCCAAUGCUGUGCUGCAAAAAUACUGGUCCUGCUGGCAAACGCUCCCCAAGCACUCCAGCCACUGGAACGUGCUGAGUGCUUUCGUGCACUGUGCCUGCAGGGAAGGCGUGCAAGCGCUCACUGAAAGCACGGACUGCUGCAAGUCGGUGACCUAUGGCGGAGGCAUUUGUGAUGCCACCUGCCCCUCAGAGCAAAUGUGUGCAUCCCAAGAUGCGCAAACCUGCAUCCACAGCUGCAAUGAGUUGUGCCCAAGCGUGGACGCGACGCCCAGCGAGGAGUGCAAGUCGAAAUGCCUCCUUACGGGCGCGGAGUGCCGACAAUACCUGGGCUGCCGCACGCCGAUGCUCACCAUGAGCAAUUAUGUGUGCGAUGACGGGAAGUGGCCUGAGGCUAGCACUGGCUGCUGCGUCACCAACAGGACCAAUGGACUGGGGACUCCCGCUGGCUGCCCGCUCCUCUGCGAGACGAGCAAAGUUUGGCGACUCGACGGCCCAGGAAUCCCUUGGUGGGCGAGACGCAGCCAGUCAGUGGUGUACCAAUGCACCUGCGAUGGCUGCCCCCCGCCGACACAGGAGGGUACGGAUCAGGUCAAACAGACCCUGGAGGACAAUCUUUGGGACAACGGCCAGGUGCUCCUGUCAGACAUCGCCAGAAGGGAAGGACUCAAGCUGGGGGCCAACCGGAAGAUGCAGGAGCUCAUGCUGGAGCGGAACGAAUUGGUGCUGGAGCUCUCACGCACUUUGUCGGCAGAAAACCGGCCCCAGGUGGAGGGCAAGAUUCAGGACAUCAAUUCGUACUACUCGCAGCUCAUAGUGCAGGCAGCACGGACGUAUCCUGAUGAAGGCACGAAUCCUGACGAGAUAGAAGCCUUGAGACAGAGAGGGCAAGACAGCGAUGGUUUGUCCCAACUCCUGGCAGUGCUACUGACCGUGACCGUGAUCUUCGUCCUUAUCCUGGUCGUGCUGAUCCUGGUCCUCAUACAGCGGAGGAACGCCAAACAACAAACGCCCAUAACGGCCUUCACGGAGACGGAUCAGGUUGUCAUCGGCAGUCCCGUGCCGGUGCAAGCACCGGAAGGCAAAGCUGAAGCCGGCCUCGGUUCUGAACGAGCAAGCAUGUGGUGGACAAUGGAUUUGGCCUGGUGUUGUUGGAGGAGCUGCUGUCACCGUGUCAGCUCCGACAAAGGGCAGAUCUUCCGACUCCUGAAGGGAGAGACCAUAAUUUAUCCGGGAAGUGCGAAACUGCGAUCAGCGAAGCUGACAGCACAAUCUCGCCUUUUUCAGGCCAGUCGGCCUUGGAAGCUGCCGCGAAGCGGCGGAGUUCUCAUCGGCUUCGCGGGCGUGAGCCAGCGAUACUGUACCGAACGUUCCGAAAUCUCUGCCGCGCCCACGUCAUUUGCCACAAGGAUCGUAGUUGCCAGCCAUUGAAACGCAA